GCUUUAAAUAAUCGUGGCAGGCUCGGAAUAAAACUUAGGUCCCAGCCGACGAGGUUUGCGAGCUUCUGCGCUGUCCUCUUCUCUCACCCGGUUCCUCGCCACCCCUUCAGAUGGUGUCGCCCGGGUCGUCCCCGCCUCAGCCGCUCUCCUCAGGCCCAAGAUGGCGGCCACCACACAGGCGCUCCUGCCGGCUGUUCUCCGCCGCUGAGCGCGCGCUAGCUCUGCUCGCUCUCCGACCUGCGUUCCACUGGGGGUUGGGAAGGGCGGCGGACAGUGCCGGGGAAGACUGACCUGGCAGCACCUUUUAGAUACCCAUUACUGGACCAGAAAGAUGACAUCUAUCAUCAAAUUAACUACCCUCUCUGGGGUCCAAGAAGAGUCUGCUCUUUGCUAUCUUCUCCAGGUUGAUGAGUUUAGAUUUUUGUUGGACUGUGGCUGGGACGAGCACUUCUCUGUGGACAUUAUUGAUUCCCUGAGGAAGCAUGUUCACCAGAUCGAUGCAGUGCUCCUGUCUCACCCUGACCCACUCCACCUCGGUGCCCUCCCAUUCGCCGUGGGGAAGCUGGGGCUGAACUGUGCCAUCUAUGCAACAAUUCCUGUGUAUAAAAUGGGCCAGAUGUUCAUGUACGACCUUUAUCAGUCUCGACAUAAUACAGAAGAUUUUACUCUCUUUACAUUGGAUGAUGUGGAUGCAGCCUUUGAUAAAAUACAGCAGCUAAAAUUCUCUCAGAUUGUGAACCUGAAAGGCAAAGGACAUGGCUUGUCCAUCACACCCCUGCCAGCUGGUCAUAUGAUAGGAGGAACAAUAUGGAAAAUAGUCAAAGAUGGAGAAGAAGAAAUUGUUUAUGCCGUUGACUUCAACCACAAGAGGGAGAUCCACUUAAAUGGAUGUUCCCUGGAAAUGCUAAGCAGACCCUCUCUACUUAUCACAGAUUCAUUUAAUGCUACUUAUGUGCAGCCUAGAAGAAAACAGAGGGAUGAACAGCUCCUGACAAAUGUCCUGGAAACUCUUCGGGGUGAUGGGAAUGUGCUAAUAGCCGUGGACACAGCGGGCAGAGUUCUGGAGCUUGCUCAACUUCUUGAUCAGAUUUGGAGAACUAAAGAUGCGGGGUUGGGCGUUUACUCACUGGCUCUCCUGAAUAACGUCAGUUACAACGUGGUGGAGUUUUCCAAAUCACAGGUAGAGUGGAUGAGUGAUAAAUUGAUGAGAUGUUUUGAAGACAAAAGAAAUAAUCCAUUUCAGUUUCGCCAUCUCUCUCUGUGCCACGGUCUUUCUGACUUGGCUCGAGUUCCAAGCCCCAAAGUUGUACUUGCCAGCCAGCCUGACCUGGAGUGUGGAUUCUCAAGGGACCUCUUUAUUCAGUGGUGUCAGGACCCUAAGAACUCAAUCAUUCUAACUUAUAGGACAACUCCUGGGACGUUAGCACGUUUCUUAAUUGAUAAUCCUUCUGAGAAAGUUACAGAAAUAGAGCUGAGGAAACGUGUGAAGCUUGAAGGGAAAGAACUUGAGGAAUAUGUGGAAAAAGAAAAACUAAAGAAAGAAGCUGCUAAGAAACUGGAGCAGUCGAAAGAGGCAGACAUCGAUUCCAGUGACGAGAGUGACGUGGAAGAAGAUGUCGACCAGCCGUCGGCUCACAAGACAAAGCACGACCUGAUGAUGAAGGGGGAAGGCAGCCGAAAAGGGAGCUUCUUCAAACAGGCCAAAAAGUCCUACCCCAUGUUUCCUGCCCCAGAAGAAAGAAUUAAAUGGGACGAGUAUGGAGAGAUCAUCAAACCAGAAGAUUUCUUAGUGCCAGAACUUCAGGCUACUGAAGAAGAAAAAAACAAAUUAGAAUCCGGUUUGACAAAUGGAGAGGAGCCCAUGGACCAGGACCUAUCUGAUGUUCCCACCAAGUGUGUUUCUGCAACAGAGUCUAUUGAGAUAAAAGCCAGAGUUACUUACAUAGACUAUGAGGGACGCUCCGAUGGAGACUCCAUUAAAAAGAUCAUCAAUCAGAUGAAACCGAGACAGCUGAUCAUUGUCCAUGGCCCACCAGAGGCCAGUCAGGAUCUAGCCGAGUGCUGCCGUGCGUUUGGUGGGAAAGAUAUUAAAGUGUACAUGCCAAAGCUGCACGAGACAGUCGAUGCCACCAGUGAGACACAUAUCUACCAGGUAAGAUUAAAGGACUCACUUGUCAGCUCCCUUCAGUUCUGUAAAGCUAAAGAUGCCGAGUUAGCUUGGAUAGAUGGUGUCUUAGACAUGAGAGUUUCCAAAGUGGACACAGGAGUUAUUUUAGAAGAGGGAGAACUCAAGGACGAUGGAGAAGACUCGGACAUGCAAGUGGAUGCUCCUUCAGAUUCUAGUGUGAUAGCCCAGCAGAAGGCCAUGAAGAGUCUGUUUGGAGAUGAUGAGAAAGAGUUGGGUGAGGAGAGUGAGAUCAUCCCCACACUGGAGCCUUUGCCACCUCACGAGGUUCCUGGACAUCAGUCAGUUUUUAUGAAUGAACCGAGACUGUCUGACUUCAAGCAAGUUCUUUUGCGGGAGGGGAUUCAAGCGGAAUUUGUAGGGGGCGUACUUGUCUGCAACAAUCAAGUAGCGGUUCGCAGAACAGAAACUGGACGCAUCGGGUUAGAAGGCUGCCUUUGUCAAGACUUUUAUAGGAUACGAGACCUUUUAUAUGAACAGUAUGCCAUUGUGUAAAGGACAUGAUGUCAAGACGUGUCUGCUUGACCUUUCUCAGGAAGAAAGGAUUCUCAUCUGAGGCUAAACUUUUGCUGUCUUGUUUUGUAACAUACAAAAAGAAUCUGCCAGGAAAUGUGAGCAUGUAUUAGAUUUUUGAACAAUAUGAAUCAAGGGUCUGGGGUGUAGCUCAGUGGUAGAGCUCUUGCCGAGCAUGUGCAAGGCCCUAGGCUUGAUUCUCUGUGCUGAAUAAAGAAAGAAAGAAAAUGUAAAUAGAACCAUUUUGUAAAUGCUCUUGCCUAGCUCUGAAUGCUUGAGGCCCAAGAAGAGACAGGCCCAGAGCUGAAGGGGAUUGGUUUCCUCUGCAGAUCCCUUGUUCCAGGGGCUCAUUACUUGAAGAAGAAAAAGGAGAAAACAAACAAAAGAACAGUGCAACUUAGCAAACCAGUUGAUGGCCUUACAGAAACUAGUGUGCAUGCAUGUGUGCAAACAGUUUCAUGUGUUUUCUGGAAUAAGAAGGGAGAAUUGUAUAGGAAGAAUAUGCUAUGGAAGGUAACAGAAGCCUCGUGAGACAUUUUUCUUAAGAAGGGGUGAUGUGCUGCUCCUUUUGAGCUCUGAUAUGCAAUUGCUCCACGUGGAGCCUCUAUCCUCCCUCUACCUUCAGUGCAGUGUGAGGCAGUACAGUUAGUUUAGAAACAAACUUUUAUUUCUCCCAUUUCUUUUGUUUAUUAAGAUUUUGUUGUUAUUCAAUUUGAAUUUAUAAGCUCAUCAUUUGAAUAAAUGUUAUCUAAAAGAAAGCCUCUAAGCUGAAUGUGGUACAUGCACUUCUAAACCCAGCCCUCGGGAGGCUGGCGGAGAAGGAUUGUGAGUUAGAGGCCAGCUCGAGCUGCAUGGUGAGAGCCUGUCUCAGCCUGCAAAAGGAAGGCCUGGUGUGUUACCAGUUCUGCAUAUAUUUUAUUAAGAAUCAUCUUAACUGUUGGGCCAGUAACUGUAUCUGAAACCAUCCGAUGCUCUGUUUUUUUAAAAAGCAAAUGUCGAGCCUCACAUUUUUAUAAGGUAACAGUGUGAUUUAAUUAAAGGGUGUAAAUGUUUUCCUUUCCGAGCUUGUUUUCUAAGUUUAUGUAGACAGUGGUUGGAUUUUCUGCUCAUUACUACAAAUAUAGUACUGAACCCAGGGAAUUGCCAUCCUUGAUCCAGAACAAGAGAAUUCUGUUAGAGAGUAAAAACUGAAAAUAUGUAACUCUGUUGACUGGAACAGUGAGCCAUGCUGUCCUGUUGUAGUUUGUCGGUUUAAUUUUUAGAAGGUAGCUUAAACAGGUAGAUCCUUGAUACCUUCUUAAGCAUGUGAACCCUCUUCACUACACUUAGCAUUCAGAGAGGCUUCACUUUUGUUUAACUCUGGAACUGUAUAUUUCAACCCAAUGACCCACUCUCAGUCCAGAGUUAGUCUCUUAUUCAGCUUCACUGCUGACAGAACCUUCCGUGUGGAUUACAGCACUGAAGCAAAGUUUGUAGCCUUCUGAUACUGAAAACCAGGUGUACAAAAUUGUGUUGCAGAAGUGAGUGUAAAGGGUGUAUUUUCCUUUUAGCAGUCAUGAAACAUUCCUCUUUCACUCCUGUUACUAUAUAGAGGAAGCCUAUAAUUCUGUUUCUAUUCCAGGAGAAGGAAACCUGCAGUUGUUACAUGCUAUAAGCUCUGGAUAUAUCUAUUACAUGAUAAUACCUACAUCUAAAUGUCUUUCUUGCCUAACCUUUCUGCUGACCUAAGAACAGGAAUUAGAUUUUAAGGUAUUCCUUGAAGAUUGGCUGUUGUGCAUGAUGCCAUUGGAGAGCAAUACUACUGCCUGUGUCCCAAAAUUUCCGAAAUGGAGACCUUCACUCAAGCCUCAGCUACUUAAGAAAAACAUGACUUUUAAAGACAACAGUGAGCUAAGUCAUGAGAGCAGAGAGGUUCUCAGAUGCAAAGAUAAACACAGCAUGUGAGACACCAGCCAAUGACUGCAGAUAGUUUUCUUAAAAAGAAAUUGUAUCUGGGCAUGGUGGCACAUACCUGUAAUCUCACCAACUUAAUUCAAACUUGGCUUAAGGCCAGUCUGGACCACAUAAUGACCCUGAAAGGGGUUGGGGUGAUAGCUCAGUGGACGAGUACUUUACCUAGCAUGUGCGAGGCCCUGGAUUUGACCCCCAGGUCUGAAGGUUGGGGGCUUGCUUAUUGUAUUUGUUGCAGUGUGGUUAUACAUGUCAGGCAUCUCUGCAGUUAUUUCUAUAUUUUUGUGACUCAGUACGUGACCUGAGACAAUAAAGAAGAAAUUAGUUUGUAAGGUGGGUUGUUCACCUUUUUUGUGUGUGUCUGUGUGCAGUUUACAUACUGUAAAAUAUUUACUCUUUUUAAGUAUACAAUUCACUGGUUUUGGCCAAAUCUGCAACCACUUCUAUGUAAUUCCAAAAUUUUUUUUUUUAUCAUUCCCAAAAGAAACCCAGUAACCAUUUGUACUCCAUUUUCUCUUCUCCCUAGUUAAUCGUCAAUCUUUCUGCCUCUUCCAGACAUUUCAUAAAGAAUCAUGCAACAAUGCUGCCUUCCUUGUCCUCUUUUUAUUUCAAGAUUCAUUAAUGUAGACAUGUGUCAGCAUAAUCUUUGUUUGCUUUGGGACGUGGUCUUGCAUUGUGAAGCUCAAGCUGUUUCAGACUCAUAAUCCUCCUGCGUCUGGCGUGCUGGGAUUAUAGGUGUAUACUUUCAGAUUCAUUUUGUAGUCCUGUGACACUCCUUCGUUUGGAUGUCGUGUCUGUUCGUCAGCUGAUGUACACUGAGUAGUUCCCAGUGGUCUUGGCUGCUAUAAAGAAUGUUGCUUUGAACAUUUUUGUGCAAGACUUUUUAAAAAAAAAAAAAAAAAAAACGAACAUUUGUAUUGUACAUUUUCCUGUGUGUAUGCUUGAGAAUAGGAUUGUUGGGCCAUGUGGUAUCUUCGCUUAACCUUCUUAGGAACUAUUGAUUUGUGAAGUAGGUGUACUGUUUCGUGUUCUGAUUGGCAUACAUGUAAGGAAAGGUUCCAUUUGUUGCUGCAUGCGGUAUUGACGCCGUCUUCUCUUCCCACCAUCCUCAGCAUGUGAGGAGGUACUGCCUGGAGGCUUUGACUUAUAUCUUGCUAAUAAAGAAAAGAUGCUGAGUG